CGCGGCGCCGCGGCGAGCGGAAUUCGCACCAAACGCCGCUCCUCGCGACGUAGUUCAGUGUACGUGCGACCGCUCGCGGCCCAAGACGAUACGCCGCAACACGCGCGCCACUCAGUUAUUACGCAGUUGCCACAACCACUACCGCGUGGACACUUUCAAACAACCUCACAGUGCAACAAACAACUUCAGAGGACUACACGACCACGCGAAAGUAGUGUGCAACCUCUAAACGCGACCAGUGAUAACUCUUAUCAGUGUGGAAAAGUUGUAAAGUGCCAGUCGAACUAGGAAGGACGCCGAAUUUGCGCAGUGACAACAGUUCGGGACUCACGACCCUUGUGACUGUCGCAUCCAAACAGUUUUUCGUGUUUUUUGACAAUUCUAGCCACGUUACAAGGUUAUCGCGCCUCUAGUCCGCAAGUGAUGAAUUGGAAAAUCGGCGCGUAGUCGCUCACGUGGUCGCGCCCCGCCCCCGCUCGCCCGCGCUUAUAUUUAGCGAAAAUCGCCUCUCUGGAGCGGCCCGACGGCCGAAGCUCUGCGCACAUACAUAGCUGUUUAUGAACAGUGAGACGCCACAUGUUAUUGGCUUCGAAUAACAGAGCCGAUAAGGACAAGACAGAUAACCUCUGCGGACCGCGGCGAAGUCCGGCGACGUUCUGGAAAUAGAAAGAAAUCUUGAAAAAUCAGAAAGGAGAGCGCGCUGAGAUGCUAAUGGCCGGUGCCGGCACGCGCCGAUGAGCGCUUGGUCCGACACACCUUCCAAAAAAUUCCACUGAUCGAAAUCGCGGCGGUGUAAUGUCUAUACAGGGGAGCGGUGGGUUCCAGAGCCCGUGGUCGUCGCAGACAGGACUGGCGGAGCUGGACGGCACCAUGGGCGAGCUGGAGCCGCUGGGCGAGCUGACGGAGGUGGGCUUCGAGCCGCAGACGCGCGCGCGGUCCAACACGUGGCCGCUGCCCCGGCCCGACAACUACGUGGAGCCCUGCGACGACGCCGGCUCCAAGAAGAACUCCAACCAGAACCUGGCGGGAGCCCCACCCCUACCGUCAUCGGUAGGCGCCAAAAAGAACUCCUCGCGCCGGAAUGCCUGGGGGAACCUCUCGUACGCCGAUCUCAUCACUCAAGCCAUAACCUCAGCUCCUGAGAACCGCCUCACUCUGUCUCAGAUAUACGAGUGGAUGGUCCAGAAUGUGCCAUAUUUUAAGGAUAAGGGGGACAGCAACUCGUCAGCAGGAUGGAAGAACUCGAUCCGGCAUAACCUGUCGCUGCACAAUCGCUUCAUGCGGGUCCAGAACGAGGGCACGGGGAAGUCGUCGUGGUGGAUGAUCAACCCUGACGCCAAGCCCGGGAAGUCGGUUAGAAGGCGGGCCGCGUCCAUGGAGACGUCGAAGUUUGAGAAGAGAAGAGGGAGGGUUAAGAAGAAGGCUGAGGCGUUGAGGAAUGGUGUAACAGCUGACGCGACUCCAAGUCCCAGCAGUUCAGUUUCAGAAAGCCUAGAUAUGUUCCCAGAAUCACCUUUGCACAGCAACAGUUUCCAGUUGUCGCCGGACUUCCGCCAGAGGGCGCCGUCCAACGCGUCCUCCUGCGGGCGCCUGUCACCGAUCCCCUCGAUGAUCGCGACGGAGCCUGACUGGGCCUCAGAGUACACGACAGCGGGUGACUUCACGCCGAGUAGCGAUUUCUCCCAAGUCGACUACGUGCAAGAGGAGCAACUGGCUGGCUCGCUAGCUGACUCCAUGAAGCUGCAAGGGGCUGAUCCAUUCCUAAACACGUACGUCCCAACGACGUCAUCUUCAUCCUCCGGCGGCAACUACCGGUACGCUUACGGAGCGUGUCCGAGGCAUCCUCUGUACGCUCAUCCGGCUCAUCCGGCUCACCCGGCGCAUCCUACACAUCCUCACCAACAUGCCCUUGACCACUUCGUCAGGCCACCGCCGCCUGCUGACCCUGCUGAUAUUAUGCAGACAGAGAACAGCCAGACGCAAAUGGUGACGACUUCAGACGCGGCGCUGCUGAACGGCGGUCUGAUGGUGCAGACAGGAGCUAUGGGCCCCACGACGGUGAUGGGGCAGAUCAUGGGAGCCCUAAACACGGGCCUGGCGGAGGACCUUAACAUUGAGACGCUGGAGCACGGCUUCGACUGCAAUGUUGAUGAGGUCAUAAAGCAUGAGCUCAGCAUGGACGGGACCCUGGACUUCAACUUCCCCCAGCAGCAUUCUGCGAUGGCCGCGGAGGCCGAGAGCCAGUUCGCUGCGCCCGCGCCCCCUGUCCCCACCACGCUCUCGGGAGGGGGCGCCCCCCGAACCCCCUACUCUGUCGCCCCCUCCUGGGUCCACUGAAGCAACCCCCCAACAAUCGGACUAGUUACCUACUACAGGUUCUUCUGUACCACGUCCCAAACGACGUUCUUUCCUAUUGUAAAUAUGACGCGAACGGACAUUACUGUUUGAGUUCUUUUUUUGUUACUGUGGCAUCGUAGUCGAGAUUUUUGUUCAUUUUAUCAUGUUAACUAAUGUUAGAUUUUUAUUUAGCGUUAACUUAAGUGGACCGUUACCGAUCGUUGUUGAAGUGUCAAUUGUGUUAGUGUAGGGCUUUAGUGCUAAGCUAGGUGGAAGCUUGUGAUAUAGAUAGGGUAUUGUAAUCUGAAUAAUUUGGACCUGGGGGGCGCGGGGACAUUCCUGUGUGGCACACUGCGGUUGAAAUAUAAGGUCAAUCGAUCUCGCGUAGUUUGGAUUACGCGAAGUUGAAAAUUUUACCAGAAUUCGCAGAUGAAUUAAUAAAUUCAACUGCAAAACACAUCGAGACAGCGUUCUAAAACAACGAACAUCACAAUUAAAAACCAAAAUCAAGAAGACCAGUUUAAUGUGGAGACUGAUACUUGUGUUAAAUUUGAUAUUGGAAAAAAUUGACGAUCAAAAAGUGUGAUUGAAUAUGAAGUGAUAUUUUGGACGUUGAAAAUAGAUGUAAGUAACCUAAAAUGUAAAAUGUUAUUUAGAGAAGUCGAGGAAUUCAGAAAAUGACCAUCGUCUCGCAGUCCCCUGAAACUUAUUGAAUUGAAUUCACUCCUAAUUUUAUGCUAUUUUCUCUGUGUAUCUUAAGAAUUUUGUGCGAGUUAGUUUUCGAAAACUAAAAAUAAUAAAACUACCGUACCAUUUUCUUUAGAUACACAGAUAAUAUUAUGGUGCAUGAUCGACUGAUUGUCGACGAUUUCAUUCAGAAUAGUGAAUGACACAUUUAUUCAAUUAGAACUAAAUUAUUAUUUUCCUAAACAACUUAUGGAAAUCUUAAUUACGCACACUUUUGGACCCUGAAAUAUAUAAGUGUUUUUAUGCUAAUAUUUCUAGAAUGCUUGUGAACUACUAGUUCAUGGAACCAUUGCCAUCUUUCGUAGUAUAAUUUCAUAGAUUUGCCAUACCUCUGUGUACCCUAACUACAAUUCUGACUUUUGCAUUAGGUAUUUUAUUGCGUGGGCCAAUUAAAUUUUAAUAUCUGGAUACAAAUUUACAAAAUUUUAUGGAUAAAAAAUAUUUUUCAUGCAAUAUGCAUUUGAAUGACUAUUUUUCUCACAAUAAGUACGCCAAGUGGGUGAAUAAGUCGAUUUUAAUAGUACGCCAUAGAAUAUUAUGUAGAUUUAGUUAUUACACGUUAACACAGACACAAGCCAUUUUGUAACCAAAAACAAUCUUUGCUCAGUACCAAAUUCAUUUGGAAUGAAGUAAAAUAAACUGAAUACGUUUGUUUUGACAUUCAGAAUAGUGCCUACAUUUAAAAUAUUACUAAGUACACCAGUUGUUUCUUCCAAUAGUUUGGUCUUAAGAAACUACGCACAAGUAAAAUCCCGUAUAGUCAGUUCUCUAGUCCCAGAUAUUAAUUUUUUGAAUAAGCUACUACAUACUUAUGUCAACUAAGUGCAGAAUUACUCAUAGAUAAGCAGUGUUGAAAGCUAGCCCUUAAUAAUAUACUUAACAAAAAUAAAUUCAUUCUAUGAAUUACCUCAAUGGACUGUUUGUGAUAGAUUUAGCCAAUAAGUGUUCAAUUUAGUGCGUGUAUCGUAUAAGUCAAUUCUUGUACAUUUGGCGUCCAUUUAUAUAUUUUAAAAACACCAUAAUAUGAUUGCGCUCGGCUUUCUUGUCCCUUGCAAUUUUCAAUUAUUCACUGCUUUAUACUACACAUCGUAUAUAUGCAGCUGAUAAUGGUGCUAUAAAUACUAUUUUGUAAACAGCAUAUUAAACAAAAAAUAUUUUGAUGACAAUGUAAAGAAAAAGGAAUUGACAUACUUAAUUACAAAAUUCAUAAUUAUGCGUUCCAUCUAAAUGCUUCACUUUUCUAUUAAUAUUAGAUCUCUUGCAAAUGUUUGUUAUUUAUUUCUAUGCAAAGUUCUCUUACGUACAAAAUUAAGUAAUAAGUAAAAUUUUUGUUAUGCGUCAUUGAGUGUGAGAUUUUUGUAAUUUUACAAAUUUAUAUGACGUUUUACUAUUAGAUUUGUUCAUCAAAAAAUUUAACUCAAAUUUGUACAUUUAAAGCUACAGCUAUGUAGUUAUACGUACAAUUAAUUUCACACGAUGAAUGAAUUUUAUUGCGUUUUUCGCUGAAUGAUUCGUAUAGUCUCCCUUUUUAAUUAGAAAUGAGUCUUAUUUGGAAAAUGUCUUAGGAUGUUUCUGUACCUAAUUAUAAAAUAUACAUUUAGAUACUUGCGAUAUGGCACAGGACGCGAGGUGUAACCACACAUUUUAUUAUAUAAAUAUGUAGAUAGCUAAUAAAUAGUUUUAUUUUAUCGUGAGUUGGCUUAAAGUCAUGAUUGUGUUGAAUGUACUAGAACGGCCCAUUACCUAGGUGACGGGAAUUAUUAUAAAACAAUUUGCCAAAUAUACAUACGUAAAAAUCCAAUAACUAUUCGACUAUAUGUAUAAAAACGAAAAGUAAAUCGAUAGUUGUAUUAUAUGAGUGUUGUAGCAUGUUUGAGCUCUUCGGAGGUAUCUCAUGAAUAGAUAAGGAUGUUAGUUAAUAUAAUAUCUCCUGGUUGUUGAAUUGUAUUGAAUUUAAGUGAAGCGACGAUAGUUUAUGUCAGUCCAUGUGGUCAAUUAGUGUGGACCGAAUUAAGUACGAGCCCUUAUGCUAGUUGGGAGAGUGUGCUAAGUUUAUAUUGUAAUGUGCUUUUAGUCCUGGUUUUGCCUACGUGGCUUUAGUCAAUUAGAAGAGUAGAAGUUGGUCGUAGCUUACUAAAAAGCCAUCAUAUGGCGACUCCAACGUCACAUUCUUUUAAUCAGCUUUUCAACUACAUUCAAUAUCCAACAAUGAAUUUAUUUCCCUCGAUGUCACUCUGCCUUCUAAAUACUACGAAGUAAAGUUGGCUAUUUAUAAGGUGAAAAACUGGAAAAUUUUAGUGAAAAGUUACUCCAAAACACCUAUUAUUCAAAACUUUCUGCUGUGCUUUUAAAACCCAGUAUAUUGGAUAGCCGAUUUACUUUUUACAAAAUUAUAGAAGGCUUCGAGAUAAAGAGAUUUUAAUCGAUUCAUAUUUUAUAUUAUAUUCAUAUACCAAAGUAGAGGUCAGUUAGGGUUUUAUUACAAGUAAAACCCCUCCUAGAUAAUUAAGUCAAGUGCAGAAACUACGACUAGAGGCACAAUUGAUGAUUGAGGAACUUUCGUUUGGAAAUCGUGCAGGUAGACUUCGAUUAUUUUUUAAGUGACAGUGAUGUUCUGAUACUUAUUGCUAUCAAAUUAUGGAAUUAAUUAAACCAAUAAUGAAUACUUAAAUAUUGAAGACUUAAAAUUAUUCAAAUAAGUAACAUUAUUAUCACUGUCUAACUAAAAAUAAAAUAACUUUUAAUCGCAACUUGGCACACCUAAACUACCGUGCCCCCAAAAUGACCAAGUCAGAUAAUUUUACCUGGAUGAUUUCUAACUAACUUUGUGCCCCAAUAAAAUAUUGUUCGAGUGGGAUAAUGUCAAAUGUGGUAAAAACUAUGAUUGAGUAAUAUUAUGAAUUUUCAGCCCAGAGGUCCGUGCUCAUGGGAUGUCUCUAGAUUUUAAUAGAUAAUAUAUUUUAAUAUUAGUCCAUAGUUAUUAAUUUGGUAACUAUGUAUUUAUAAGAAGGGUGAGUGCCCCAUAGAAGAAUAUCUUUUUGUAAAUUAUUUUGUACAAUGUUAUUUUUUUCUAUGUUUGCAUUAUAUUAUGUUUACUGCGUAACACUUUACAUUAAUUUGUUGAUUUUUUCAGUUGCUUAUUAUCUUUAUGACGAAAUAUGUGAAAACCUAGUUAAUUAGGAGAAAUUAUGUGUUUCAAUGUAAAUAU